AUCUUUCAAAUAUAUACUCUGCAGAGUAGUGCAGAGGUCGUGUUCGCACCACGUCGUGUCCACACACUGUGCAGUAACCUCCUGCCAACGCCAGGGGGCAGUCGCAUAUCUCCUCAUACACCUUUGACGUCAGCUGGUCGGAGACCGCCCCGCAGCCAUGUAAACAUUCCCUUUCGUUCAUGUGCUGUGGAUUUGUUAGCUCACAGCCUGCUCUGGAAAAUUUGAUGUUGCUGUUGUCAGCAUGGCCUCAAGCUUUGCUCCACCAAAACUGGCCGACUUCAUCCUCACAGAGCGUCUGGGCAGCGGGACCUAUGCGACCGUCUACAAGGCCUACAGGAAGGCAAAAGUGAAAGAUGAAGUCUGGUUGCCGACUGUGUUGUUGCAGGGCGACAGUCGAGAGGUGGUGGCAGUGAAGGUGGUUGGGAAGAAGACUCUCAACAAGGCAUCGACAGAAAACCUACUCACAGAGAUUGAAAUCCUGAAGACUGUGCGUCACCCCCACAUAGUCCAGCUCAAAGACUUUCAGUGGGACGCUGAGAACAUUUAUCUGAUUUUGGAGUGGUGCUCUGGCGGCGAUCUCUCCCGCUUCAUCCGCAGUCGGAGGAUUUUACCUGAGAGCGUGGCCCGGCGCUUCCUGCAGCAGAUAGCCUGUGCCCUCCAGUUCCUUCAUGAACGAAACAUCUCACACCUGGAUUUGAAACCUCAGAAUAUUCUGCUCUGUGGCUCUGCCCUCAAACUCGCAGACUUUGGUUUUGCCCAGUACAUGUCACCGUGGGACGAGCAGAGUGCACUGAGGGGUUCUCCUCUCUACAUGGCUCCUGAGAUGGUGUGCCGACGCCAGUAUGACUCCAGGGUGGAUCUCUGGUCAGUUGGAGUUAUACUCUACGAGGCAGUGUUUGGGAGAGCGCCAUUCGCAUCAAGGUCUUAUGCGGAGUUGGAGGAGAAGAUCCGGAGUAACCAACCCGUUGAGCUCCCUCCUGGGGCCAGGGUAUCCAAGGACUGCCGGGACCUUCUGCUGCGACUGCUGGAGAGAAAUCCAGAUGUCCGGAUCACCUUUGCUGAGUUCUUCGCCCACCCCUUUGUGGAUAUGGAGCACAUGCCGAGUGCAGGGAGCCUCGUGAAGGCGAAAGAGUUGGUCCUGCAGGCCGUCCAGAAGGACCAGGAGGGGGAGAGGUCAGCUGCUCUCUCUCUGUACUGCGCUGCCCUCGAGCACUUUGUCCCCGCUAUUCACUACGAGACGGAUCGACAACGUAAAGAUGUCCUCAGGCAGAAGGUUAGCCAGUAUGCGUCCAGAGCCGAGGAGUUGAAAGCCCUGGUGGCCUCAGACAACCGACUGAGCUUCGAGGAGGCCCGAACCUCCAGGGAUGUUCUCCGAGAAAUGUCCCGGGACCAACCACGCCUGCUGGCUGCUUUGGGGAUGGCCUCUACUGCCAUUGCUAAGGAAGAGAGUGGAUUGGACGAUCAUGAGGCCCUGGAUAUGUACCAGCAGUGCUUAGGAGAACUGCUGUUGGUGCUCGUAGCUGAGCCCCAGGGUCGCAGGAGAGAACUGCUGCACGAUGAGAUUCAAAGCCUCAUGACCAGAGCUGAAUACCUCAAAAAGCAUGUCAAGAUGCAGGAGACUCAGAGAGACGUGUCUCUGGAUCCAGAACCUCUCGCAGACUCUGUCAGAAGCUCCUGCUGUUUGCAGUGACCCUGUCGACGACCACGGGAACCAGCCGGCACACCUCACGGAGCAGCAGACUGUCCGUCAGGGAUCAAGUUGGACACAGAGCCAAUCCGACCACACUUCUGUCGGAGCCAAAUUAAACCCGCAUCACACCGCACCCUGACCAAAUCAGUCCGUGUCCUUCUGGAUAUUGAAGUUUCUGGCUAAAUAUGGCGAAUGUUUUGAUUGUCGCCCCAAAGUAUUUUCUACCAGAUGAUUUGACAAGUUAGAAAACUUGUUCAGAAAAAAUUUUGGUCGGUGAAAUACUGAAAAUAGCUGUUGAAUUGUGGAUUUUGCACACUGGUGAAUCUAAAAGUUUCCCUGCUCUUUGCACUGUGUCGGUGCACUGCUUAGCCCCAAAUCCCUCCUCCAGACACACCAUUGAUAUGUAAAUGCCAGAGAGCUUGUAUGACAAUACCACACUGUCAUGGUAAACAAGUUAAACUGAGUCAGUUGCAUUUUAUCUGAGGGCAGAACAUUCAAGGCGCAUUUUGCCGCACACACAAAAAGUGAAAACCUGACGAUACAAUCAACUGCAGAUAUGUGAGUAUGUGAGUAUGUGUUAAGUAUCACACGGAUUUUUGAAGUGUAGUAUUAAGUAUAUUAUAUUGAGGCCUCUGCAAACAUGCACAUACUCCCUCACCCCCCUCUUCCCCACUGCCUUUACUGUGGGUCAACCACAGGCUCACCAUGCUCUCUCCACUGAUGGAGCCCUCUCCACCACUAUGAGGGGAAAACUGGAGAGGUGCGGCCUCUGCCUUAUUUACACUAGACUCGCAUUUUCUUAGGUUUGGCAACGGACAGGGAUUUGAGGGAUACAGUGAGUUGUGGCGCUCAAGGAGAGCCUCACAACUGGGCCUCUGUGAAACGGUGAAAAGCUCAACAGUUGUAGCAGGCUGAUAAUCCUCAGUGUCGCAGGCCUUCACAGACGGUGCUGGAAAAUACUAGGGAGCAUUACUUUGUGAAAAUAAUUUAUAUGACAACUGAAGAAAAUACCUGAAAGAGAGGUCGAAGGAGGAAAGGUAUGAAUACUGUAUGUCUCCUGGGAAUAUUCACACACUGCUGCCGUGUCCUUUUUGUUUUUUUAAUUUUGAAUGUUUACACAGCUGUGAUUUUCUAAUGUAUUUAUUAAAUGAGAAAUUCUGUGGAAAAUAAAGUGUCCCUCUCUGAA